AACAAUUGUUAAGGAAAUUGUUAAGCUAUUGCCAGUUCUCAAACGGUAUGUCACACAGGUGAGCCCCAGCUGCUCUUCUUUGCCGGACGCACUGACCACUUCUACCCGUUCGAGGAUGAUGACCAGGGCAUUCAACGCCACUUCCCGUUCCGUCACCGGGUCUUGUUUGGUGCAACGCAGCUGCCAAAAGUCGAAUUGCCUGCUAAAAGCCCAGUUGCUCACGGGAAUUUCCACUUGACAUCUCCAUCUCCCAUCAAGGUUCCCACUUUCCAUCCCCGCGAUUCAGUUCCAACCAAAGACGGCAGCUUUCCACAGCUCCGAGACUGCAACAAUAACAGCACGACAAACAGCGACAAAGAGUACCAAAGAACAAGAAAAGACGCUCAACCGGCUGCGUCCCCGAUACGGCCAUCAAAAACAGAAUGGGCGUCUCCUUCUCGAGCUCCAAGUCCUGAGGACAACACCACCACCACCACCAUGUCACUCAUCCCAUACCACCCCCGCGAAGGGCGAGAGAUUGUGCUCCGCCAUCGCAAUGCCAUCGUCGUCCGCGAUCCCCUCACGCAGCGCCUCGAGAUCCGUGGCCUCCAGCUUCACGAAUGUCCCACCUGUCAUCAGCCCCUGCGAACUUCUUCCGAGAGUCAUGUCGAUGAUGACUCGGACCGACGCGAGUCCUACGUCGACCCCGACUACUUUCGUAUGUUGCGCGACGGCCACAACGGUCAGGGUCCCUCCAACCCACGCCCGCCCUCGAGCCCCAUCCGCCGCUUGGUCCGUCCUGUCCCCGCUAUAGACGAUCGGGGAAACCAAGUUGGCGUCCACAAUGCCGAAUUCGUCAGCAGCGAGCCUGUACCCCCCGAGACCACUCGCAUCAAGAAAGAGGCUUUUGCCCCAAACUAUUUCGAAACCUUUUUCCACGAGGAGCGCACCCUCGGCCGCGGUGGCAAGGGCGUCGUUAUGCUGGUGCGCCAUGAGAUUGACGGUUGCAACCUGGGUCAUUUUGCUUGCAAGCGCGUGCCCGUUGGCGAUGACCACGCCUGGCUGGGCAAGGUGCUUGUCGAAGUCGAGUUGCUCGCCAAACUGUCACAUCCAAACUUGGUCUCGUACCGCUUCUCGUGGGUCGAGGAUGUCAAGAUCAACAAGUUCGGCCCCAAAGUCGCAUGUGCCUUCAUUCUCCAGCAGUACUGCAACGGCGGUGAUCUGCAGCAGUAUGUCAUUGGCGACCUGCUCAAGGAGCCAACCAUAGAGGAGAUCAAGGCCCAGAGACGCCGCCGAUCCAAGGGCUUCAUCGAACGGCCUAGCGUGACACAGCGCCAGUUGCCCUUUAAGGACAUCUUCUCGCUGUUCAAGGACAUCACUUCCGGUCUAGCUUACCUCCACGCCGCCAACUACAUUCACAGGGAUCUCAAACCCAGCAACUGCCUUUUGCAUCGCGAGGGUGGUCGUACCAGCUGUCUCAUCAGUGAUUUCGGCGAGGUUCAGCCCGAAAACGCCGUGCGUAUGUCAACAGGGUCGACUGGUACCAUCUCUUACUGUGCUCCCGAAGUCUUGAUCAAGGACGCCAAUGGCAAGUACGGUAACUUUACGGCAAAGUCGGAUAUCUUUUCUCUCGGAAUGAUUCUCUACUUUAUGUGUUUCGGGAGGUUGCCGUAUGCCAAUGCUAAUUCGCUCCACGAAGAGCUGGAGGACAUUGAUCUCUUACGUACUGAGAUCACGGACUGGAAGGGUUUCGAGGAUGAACGACGCGAGCGCCCUGACCUCCCAGCAAAGCUAUACCAGCUGCUCAAGCGGCUUCUUUCCAUCAACCCAGCCGAGCGUCCGAGUGCAAAUGAAGUUUUGAGUGCUAUGAAGAAUGAGUCAAGCUUAGACGGGGUGGGAGGGAACUCUACCGGUCCCAUUCCAUCGAUUGGCCUAGCCGGGCGGAGGAUACAGGAUCUUGAUUCUCCCAUGCCUCCCAGCACGCCUGUGCCAGGUCAGUCACCCGCCCCGUCCUCCCCAGAUGCACCUUCACUGACCACUCCUCCGCAAACAGACCACAGACAUGCCAAAGUGUCUUCAUCUUCAGACGAGGAUCUGCCUUUGUCAGUUGAUGGUUACACACCAGUAUUCGAUACCCACCAAAACGGUGCAUCCGAUCAUCGUCCCCACGACACGCGUACGCAGUCGCAAUCAUUGACGCUGUCAAGGAACGGCAGCGUCGUCUCCCCGCACCCAUCUCCACCAGCCAUCACAACCCCUUUGCUCAUGCCACCGCCUAGCACCCGGCUUGAGCAGAUGAAGCACCGCGCAGUGCUGACACGAUAUCACGCUGGGAGGUGGCUGGACGCAAAUGGUCUUUCCUCCGGAGUGCUGCUUAGGCUUGCCUUUUUGGGCAUCAAAAUCUUCUCGCUGUCAUGGAUCUGCUGGCCCUAUACUUCCAAUAUUGGUAUUCUGACAUCGGUUUUUGCCCUGGCGAUUCUGGACCUGCUGAACCCGGUUGGGAGCCCGGAACCAAGAAGAGGAAGCAAUGCCAUGCUUGGGGUCUCUCCCGGGAGUAGGCGAGGAAGCAGCAACGAGCAAUUGAACAACCACAACAGCCAGUUGGAUGACCAUGAUGGGCACAUGGUUAGGGUCACUCCUGACACAGCUCCUGCCUACGACAACGAACAGUACUGGAGGACGGGAACGAUGGUAGGUUGGAAAACAAGUGUUUCCCUGUUGUUGUUACAUUUCGCAAUUCUAUGGGUCACAAAUCACAUGGGCUUGCUCUGUGCCGUACAGGCCGGGCAUGGUAGAUGGUCCCACUGGCCACCUCCGGAUCUGCCACACGAUGAGAUUGUUUGAUGGCCACAACCACUUUUGGGGUUAUCGGCUUGCUACUCUAGAGCAUUUCGUUUCACAGCAGGGCAAGCAAGAAUCCGGCGUCAGGGGAAAAGGUCACAUGGCAUGGGUUGGGGUCAUAUUGCAACAGGAAAAAGACAGUUUGCUUGAGUUCGGGCGCCCAAGCACAAAAGGAAGUUCGAACUCAUCAGUCGAGGGAACAGAUACCAGUUAUGUCGAAUCAUGGUGUAUAAGUCUGGGCGGG